AUGCACACGGACCACGAUAUGGAUAUGGACAUGGACACAGAAACCACAGCACUUUGUCCCUCCGGCAGCCAGCAGGCCUCCCCACCAGGGACACCCACACCAGAAGCAGAUGCUUCACUUCUCAAGAAGCAGGAGAAACUGUUGGCAGGGUUGGACCGGAAUGGGCCACCCUCUGCCCUGGGAGCCCCCAGACGAAGAGGCAGCAUGCCUGUGCCUUACAAGCACCAGCUGCGGCGGGCCCAGGCUGUGGAUGAACUUGACUGGCCACCUCAGGCCUCAUCCUCUGGCUCCUCUGAUUCCUUGGGCUCAGGAGAGGCAGCUCCUGCCCAAAAGGAUGGCAUCUUCAAGGUGAUGCUAGUUGGGGAAGGUGGCGUGGGCAAGAGCACCCUAGCAGGCACUUUCGGCGGUCUCCAAGGGGACACAGCUCAUGACCCUGAGAACUCAGAGGACACCUAUGAGAGACGCAUCAUGGUGGAUAAAGAGGAAGUGACCUUAGUUGUUUAUGACAUCUGGGAACAGGGGGACUCUGGAGGGUGGCUGCAGGACCACUGUCUUCAGACCGGGGAUGCCUUUCUCAUCGUCUUCUCAGUCACUGAUCGACGAAGCUUUUCCAAAGUUCCAGAGACUUUACUUCGGCUUCGGGCUGGGAGGCCCCACCACGACCUUCCUGUCAUCCUUGUUGGAAACAAGAGUGACCUGGCCCGUUCCCGGGAGGUGUCACUGGAGGAGGGCCGCCACCUGGCCGGGACGCUGAGCUGCAAGCACAUCGAGACGUCGGCGGCGCUGCACCACAACACGCAGGAGCUCUUCGAGGGCGUCGUGCGACAGAUCCGGCUGCGGCGGGGCCGGGGCCGCACUGGGGUCCCGCGCCCUGAGUCUGGCAGCCCCGAAGGCCCCGCGCCGCCCGCGCGCCGUGAGAGCCUCACCAAGAAAGCCAAGCGCUUCCUCGCCAACCUGGUGCCGCGCAACGCCAAGUUCUUCAAGCAGCGCUCCAGGUCGUGCCACGACCUCUCAGUGCUCUGA